UCGGUUACCCGGUUUCCCGGACGGAAUAGUCCCGGAAUUGCAAAAUAAUUUCUCAAAAUUAGAAAACUAAAUAUACGCGGCAACAAACAGAAACUCCGUGUGACUUUAAGGCGAUAUGUGAGGCGCACUUGCGCAGUGUUCCCAGUUUCGCGAUUAGUGAUUCGAGUAGACGCCGUCGUCCGAGUGGCCAGUGCCCAGUGACCAGUGAGCAACGAUAAGCGUAUAGUAGUGGUUCUCACUUCCGCCCGCGUUCGGUGCUUAUCAUCGUGGCCAGUUUUGUGCCGCCGCGAAGGAACACAUUCAGUUCUUGAUUUGACAGCCAUCUGGUAGGAAGUGUGGUGUGCGUGCAGAAAAAUCGUUGUUGAAAAUGCGUUCUCCGCGAGUGUUGCUGCUGCUCCUGCUGCAGCUGCUCGGCUUGCUUCUGUUGGCCGGUGGAGCACGGGCCAUCUACUGCCCAACCGGAUGCACCUGCAUGGAGCAUACUGUGCGCUGCAUUCGCAACAAACUUAAUGCUGUGCCCCAAGUGCCGCAGGAUACCCAAGUGCUAGAUUUGCGUUUCAAUCACAUCGAGGAGCUGCCAGCCAACGCGUUCAGCGGCCUCACCCAGCUGACGACGCUCUUCCUGAACGACAACGAACUGUCCUUCGUGCAGGAGGGAGCCCUCCAAGGACUCACCGCACUGAAGUUCCUCUAUUUGAACAAUAAUCGUCUAAGCCGCUUACCGGCGACCAUCUUCCAGCGUCUGCGUAGCCUGGAGGCGAUUUUUCUGGAGAACAAUGACAUUUGGCAGCUGCCCGAUGGGGUCUUUAACAACUUGCCGCGCCUGAACCGCCUGAUCUUGUACAACAACAAGUUGAGCCAACUGCCAGUGGAUGGAUUUAACAGGCUGAACAGCCUGAAGCGUCUGCGACUUGACGGAAAUGCCAUUGACUGCAAUUGUGGCGUGUACUCCUUGUGGCGUCGCUGGCACCUGGAUGUCCAGCGUCAGUUGGUGGCCAUUUCGCUAACUUGUGCCUCGCCCCAAGGACUCCAGCGGCAGAGCUUUGGCAGCCUGGGGGAGCAGCACUUCAAGUGCGCCAAGCCGCAAUUCCUGGUGGCUCCCCAAGAUGUCCAGGCCCUUGGCGGUGAGCAGGUGGAACUCAGCUGCGAGGUCACCGGCCUGCCCCGUCCCCAGAUCACAUGGAUGCACAACACCAACGAGGUGGGCGUAGGCUCUGAGCAGGACCGAGAGGCAUCGCAAUCGCGGAUAGAACUCCUGCCCAGCGGCAGCUUGCUCAUCCGCCAAGCCGAACCCUCAGACAUGGGCAUCUACCAGUGCAUUGUGAGGAAUGAGAUGGGCGAACUGCGUUCGCAGCCCGUACGCUUGGUAGUUACCAACGAUAAUGGCAGGGAGCACAUCCAUCCCGUGGCCAACCUCAUCGAUCCCCAUAGCAAUCAGGUGUGGGCGGAUGCUGGAACCAACAAGCCCCGCUCGAAUCCGAAUCCUGUGGCACCCUCUGCACCGCUUUUUACACAUCGGCCGCAUGACCAAGUUGUGGCCCUCCAUGGCUCCGGACACGUGCUGCUCGAUUGCGCCGCCUCCGGGUGGCCGCAGCCGGACAUACAAUGGUUCGUCAAUGGCCGGCAACUGGCCCAGUCCACGGCCAGCCAGCAGUUGCAGGCCAACGGUAGCCUGGUGCUGCUCCAACCCACACAACUCACGGCCGGCACGUAUCGCUGCGAGGCGAGCAACUCCCUGGGAGUGGUCCAGGCCACCGCCCGCAUCGAGGUGAAGGAACUACCCGAAAUUUUAAUGGCACCACAAAGCCAAACAAUCAAACUGGGCAAGGCCUUUGUGCUGGAGUGCGAUGCCGAUGGCAAUCCCCUGCCCACCAUCGACUGGCAAUUCAAUGGUGAGCCCCUUGCCAAUGGCAAUUCGGCGGAUCUUCUCCUGGAAAACGAGAACACCGAACUGGUGGUGAGCUCUGCCCGUGAGGAGCAUGCCGGCAUCUAUCGCUGCACGGCACGGAACGAGAACGGAGAGACGAGCGUGGAGGCAACGAUUAAGGUGGAACGCUCCCAGUCACCGCCGAGGGUAGCCAUCGAGCCAAGCAAUUUGGUGGCCAUUACGGGCACCACCAUUGAGCUGCCCUGCCAGGCCGAUCAGCCGGAGGACGGACUGCAGAUUUCAUGGCGCCACGAUGGCCGGCUCAUUGAUCCAAACGUGCAGCUGACGGAGAAAUAUCAAAUAAGCGGCGCCGGCAGUCUGUUCGUCAAGAAUGUGACCAUACCCGAUGGCGGACGCUACGAGUGCCAGCUGAAGAAUCAGUUUGGCAGGACCUCCGCCUCCGCAUUGGUGACCAUCAGAAACAAUGUAGACUUGGCUCCAGGCGAUCGUUAUGUGCGCAUUGCCUUCGCCGAGGCAGCCAAGGAGAUUGAUUUGGCCAUUAAUAACACUCUGGACAUGCUCUUCUCCAAUCGAUCUGACAAGGCGCCACCAAACUAUGGUGAACUCCUGCGUGUCUUCCGGUUUCCCACUGGUCAAGCUCGUCAGUUGGCCCGGGCAGCCGAGAUCUAUGAGAGGACUUUGGUCAAUAUCCGAAAGCAUGUGCAGAAGGGUGACAACCUCACCAUGGCUAGUGAGGAGUAUGAGUUCCGAGAUCUGCUUUCACGGGAGCAUCUACACUUGGUGGCCGAGCUCUCCGGAUGCAUGGAGCACCGUGAGAUGCCCAACUGUACGGAUAUGUGUUAUCAUUCGCGAUACCGCAGCAUCGAUGGCACUUGCAACAAUCUGCAGCAUCCCACUUGGGGCGCCUCACUCACUGCCUUCCGGAGAUUGGCGCCACCGAUUUAUGAGAAUGGCUUCAGCAUGCCCGUGGGCUGGACCAAGGGAAUGCUCUACUCCGGCCAUGCCAAGCCCAGUGCUCGUCUUGUUUCCACCUCAAUUGUGGCCACCAAGGAGAUCACGCCGGAUGCCAGGAUCACGCACAUGGUAAUGCAGUGGGGUCAGUUUCUGGAUCACGAUCUGGACCAUGCCAUACCCUCGGUGAGUUCGGAAAGCUGGGACGGCAUUGAUUGCAAGAAGAGCUGUGAAAUGGCACCACCCUGCUAUCCCAUCGAAGUGCCACCAAAUGAUCCUCGAGUCCGCAAUCGUCGCUGCAUCGAUGUGGUGCGCUCCAGUGCCAUCUGUGGCUCCGGGAUGACCUCGCUCUUCUUCGACAGCGUUCAGCAUCGGGAGCAGAUCAAUCAGUUGACAUCCUAUAUAGAUGCCUCGCAGGUUUAUGGCUAUAGUAAGGCAUUUGCUCAGGAACUGAGAAAUCUAACAGCGGAGGAGGGUCUCCUCCGUGUGGGAGUUCACUUCCCCCGUCAGAAGGAUAUGCUACCAUUUGCUGCUCCCCAGGAUGGCAUGGAUUGCCGCAGGAAUCUGGAUGAGAACACCAUGAGCUGCUUCGUUUCCGGUGAUAUUCGUGUCAACGAACAAGUGGGUCUCCUGGCCAUGCACACCAUUUGGAUGCGGGAGCACAAUCGUUUGGCCAAGAAGCUCAAGGAGAUCAACUCGCACUGGGAUGGGGAUACACUGUACCAGGAGGCCAGAAAGAUUGUGGGUGCCCAGAUGCAGCACAUCACCUUUAAGCAGUGGCUUCCUUUGAUCAUUGGUGAGAGUGGUAUGCAGAUUUUGGGUGACUAUAAGGGUUACGAUCCCUCGGUUAAUCCCAGCAUUGCCAAUGAGUUUGCCACCGCUGCCCUCCGUUUUGGCCAUACCAUCAUCAAUCCCAUCCUGCAUCGUCUGAAUGAGACUUUCCAGCCCAUUCCCCAGGGUCACCUGCUGCUCCACAAGGCCUUCUUUGCUCCCUGGCGUUUGGCUUACGAGGGUGGAGUGGAUCCCCUGAUGAGAGGCUUCCUGGCCGUGCCCGCCAAGCUCAAGACUCCUGAUCAGAAUCUGAAUACUGAGCUUACGGAGAAGCUAUUCCAGACGGCGCAUGCCGUGGCACUUGAUCUGGCUGCCAUUAAUAUCCAACGAGGCAGGGAUCAUGGAAUGCCUGGUUACAAUGUCUACAGGAAGUUCUGCAAUCUGACCGUGGCCCAGGACUUUGAGGAUCUUGCGGUAGAGAUCAGCAAUGCCGAGAUCCGGCAGAAGAUGAAGGAACUGUAUGGACAUCCGGAUAAUGUGGACGUGUGGCUGGGCGGCAUCCUGGAGGAUCAGGUGGAGGGCGGUAAGGUGGGUCCGCUCUUCCAGUGCCUGCUCAUUGAGCAGUUCCGACGCCUGCGCGACGGUGAUCGCUUGUACUACGAGAAUCCUGGCGUCUUUACGCCGGAACAAUUGGUCCAGAUCAAGCAGUCCAACUUUGGACGCGUCCUUUGCGAUGUCGGUGAUAAUUUCGACCAGGUUACCGAGAAUGUCUUUGUGUUGGCCAAACACCAAGGUGGCUACAAGAAGUGUGAGGAUAUCGCUGGCAUUAAUCUCUAUCUGUGGCAGGAGUGCGGCAGGUGCAACAAUCCGCCGGCCAUCUUUGAUUCGUUCAUACCACAAACCUACACGAAGAGGAGCUCCAGGCGGAAGCGGGAUCUCCAUCAGCAGGAUAUAACCACCACUGCCGAGAGCUAUGACAGUCCCUUGGAGUCCCUGUACGAUGUGAACGAGGAGCGGGUCAGUGGUCUCGAGGAGCUCAUUGGCAGUUUCCAGAAGGAUCUCAAGAAGCUGCACAAGAAGCUGCGUAAGCUAGAGGAAUCCUGCAAUGCCGUGGACUCUGAACCGCAGCCGGUGGUUCAGCUGGCUUCAGCACCCGCUCAGCCGGUGGUGGUGUCCAACAAGCCCAAGAGGAGUCACUGCGUCGACGACAAGGGCACCACGCGACUGAACAAUGAGGUGUGGUCACCGGAUGUCUGCACCAAGUGUAAUUGCUUCCACGGCCAGGUUAAUUGCCUGAGGGAGCACUGCGGCGAGGUCUCGUGUCCGCCGGGAGUGGAUCCACUGACGCCACCCGAGGCCUGCUGCCCCCACUGCCCCAAGCUGCCAACGAACGUCAAGUGAAGUAGCCACAAAGCCCCAUGAAAUACGCAUAUCGAUGUACACGUUUAUCCGUAGGUGUAGCCACUCACUCACUCUAAUCAAAAAGCCAAAGAAAAUCUAAACAAAAAAGAACACUCCGGCAAUUACGCAAUGAGCAUGUUUAAUUGACAAUUAACUAACAAUUAACAAUGUAACAAUGCUACACAUGUAAUAAAAUAAAGCACAUUAAUAUAUCCCAUA